CCUAAUUUCUAAGGACAUCUACCUCUAACGCGCCCGGCUCUUCGCGCGGGGACCACCCGCCCUUUUCCUUUCCGGCCCCCCAGCCGGGGAGUGGGAGCCGCGUGCACCUUCUCCGGAACACGGUCCCGGGCCCAACGCUCCGGAGGACCCGCACCGGGACCGGCAGGGGGGGCGGGAGGAGAGCGCGAACGCGAGUCUCCGGGGCUGCGGGCCACUUCGGCAGCCGCGCGCCCCGCGCCCCCGGCCGCCCCCGGCCGCUCGCCCCCGCCGCGCCGCCGCCCCCGCCGCCGCGCUCGCCCUCGGUCCCCGGCGGCCGCGAGAGGCUGCGGGAGACGCGGGGCCGGAGGAGGAGGCGCAGCCGCUGCCCGAGCCGCAGCCGCAGCCGCAGCCGCAGCCCGAAGAUGCACACGACCCAGAAGGACACGACGUACACCAAGAUCUUCGUCGGGGGGCUGCCCUACCACACCACCGACGCCAGCCUGCGCAAGUACUUCGAGGUCUUCGGCGAGAUCGAGGAGGCGGUGGUCAUCACCGACCGGCAGACGGGCAAGUCCCGGGGCUACGGAUUUGUCACCAUGGCUGACCGGGCUGCUGCCGAAAGAGCCUGUAAGGAUCCCAACCCCAUCAUUGAUGGCAGGAAGGCCAACGUGAAUCUGGCAUAUUUGGGAGCAAAGCCGAGGAUCAUGCAGCCAGGUUUUGCCUUUGGUGUUCAACAGCUUCAUCCAGCCCUUAUACAAAGACCUUUUGGGAUCCCCGCGCACUACGUCUACCCGCAGGCGUUCGUGCAGCCCGGGGUGGUCAUCCCGCACGUGCAGCCGGCGGCCGCCGCCUCCACGCCGUACAUCGACUACACGGGCGCCGCGUACGCGCAGUACUCGGCCGCCGCCGCCGCGGCCGCCGCGGCCGCCGCCUACGACCAGUACCCGUACGCGGCCUCGCCCGCCGCGGGCUACGUCACGGCGGGCGGCUACGGCUACGCCGUGCAGCAGCCAAUCACCGCGGCCGCCCCGGGCUCCGCCGCCGCCGCCGCCGCAGCGGCCGCCGCCGCCGCCGCCUUCGGCCAGUACCAGCCGCCGCAGCUGCAGACCGACCGCAUGCAGUAGCCCCGGGGCCGCGGCGGCCCUGCCCCCAGGGCGCCCCGCGGGCGCAGCCGCCUCCAGGGGGCGGGGCCGAGGCGGGGGGCGCGCUGUGGGACGGCAACCCCAAAGAGCCCGAGUGAGGCCACCCCACGUGACGGCAGGAGUCGCGAAGGAGCUUCACUUUUGUAAGGGGAUUUUUAUUUUUGCUCUUUUUAUAGUAUCAGGGAAGCAAACUGCCUUUUCCAAGUUAGAAAAUGCUAUUGACUCUCGUUGAACCAGGGAAUACAGAGUGAGCAAUAUGUAGCUUGCAUUACAUUUAAAAACAUGUAAAAAAGCAGUGGUGAAAGCACUGAUUGUCAUUUUAAGCAGUCACACUAUGGCCUAUAGAACUUUUGCGAGUAAGAAGGUAAUGUUCUUACUUUCUCGAAAACGGGCAUCGAACAAUCACUCUAGGAGCGUGGCAGUGGGACGAUGGUGGACAGGCACCAAAGCGAUUUUCUCCUCCACCCCGUGGAUGAGCAGGACUGUAGGACAAGUGAUGUGGAAUUAAUGGGUGCAACAGCUGUACAGACAAUCAAGCACACACACAGUUCUGGAAAGAACGCAUCACUUGAGCUUGUUUGAUGAGCUUGUCACAGUCUAAUCCCUCUCCCCAUCCUGUUUCAAUUUUGGGAAACUUGUAUCUGCUGGUGUCAGCAAUUCUGAUUCUGAAAUAGGAUCAGGCUUUUACUACAACAGCCUUCUCUUUCUAUUUAUUGUGUCGACUCGUGGCUUAUAACUAAAGGCAGGCAACGUUUGCAGACUCUAAGCCCUUAAGCACUGUCUUAAGGACAUUUAUUUUUCCCCCCUUUUUAAAUAAUUUUACACUUUUUAGUAUACUUCAGAGUCAUAUUUAAAACUAUUUAUUAGUGAAUACAGUACAUGAGACAACAAGGUUACUGAGAUUACAGUUCUUCAAAGGUUAAUGAUAAUGUGGUUUAUACUGUGCCUUAAUAGUAAUGCUAUUUAAGAUAUUUAUUUUUAAGUUUUACUAUGCUGCACUCUAAAGAAAGGAACUUUAGAUGUGACACUGUAAAAUUAUGUAUUCAUCUCAUGGCAUAAAUUAUUUAGUAGGUCUAGAUGUAGCAUAUUAAAUAUUAACCUAUUCAACUAAAGAUGUUGACUUGGAUUUAUUUAAAUUCAUAUGUGCACUGUAUAAGAGAGUACUCUUACAUUAACACAUUUUAAUUUAUUUUAGUUCUUAGGGUUGUUUUUAAACAGGAUAUAUUGCUAGUUUCAUGCUUCUCUUGAUUUUUGCUCGUGUAGAUCUCAUUUUUGGGUACUUCAUUAAACACUAUUCUUACAUAGUUUCUGUAGUUUCUAAAUGCUGCUUUACAGUUUUCUUCUGAAACUGCAAUACUUGCCAUUUUUAUUCUUAAAACUAAAUUGAAUACUAUUUUACACUGUAUUGGAUUUUUAUACUUGAAAAAUUUCAUACAAGGGAAGACAGGUUAGCAUUUUUAUGGACUUUUCUCCAUUAUCACUGGAUUUAAGUAUUCCCAUACUAGACAGUGUUAUGUAAUGUAGACAUUUUCUCCUGUGCAAAUUAUUUAUUCAUUGUGUAUAUUGCUUUAUAACAUUUCAGAUCUUCUAAUCUAUUCACUUGUAUUAAAUAUAAUUUUUAAAAACUUC